CUUUUCUGCAGGCAUUUGCCCACCAAUUUGAAGAGACACGCCCUGGCUCCAAAUAUAUAUUACAGCUUUCUGCUCUCUGCGUUUCUUCUCUCUCUGCUUCACUCAAGGCUGGUGGAGCACCCCAGGGUCCGAAUAUUCAUCUGUAAUCAUUCUCACUGUGAGAAGUCAGGAUCAAAACCCAGAGUGCCUUCCAGAUCCACUGCGCCGUCCACACAGCGGGAAGUAGGUGUGCCAGAGGCAAGGGACGCACUUAAAAGAAAAUUAAUUGAGGAAAUUAGACAAGAUGAAUCCCGAGAAGUUCUUCAAAUUACCAUCAUUCAAUAAAACUAGCAGUAAGGUUUCCAUCCUCUGCGGGCUGCAGAAAGAAGAGCAGGAGGCUGUGGAGAAACGCAGCUCCCAGGUGUUGGCGGCUCUGAAUAAGCUGAGCACCAAGGCCAAGGAGGCUUGGAACCUCUCCAAGGCCCAGGCACCGGUCAUUGCUGUGCUGGGCUCUGGCGGGGGGCUGCGGGCCCACUUCGCCUUCCUCGGGGUCCUGAGUGAACUGAAAAGACUUGACCUGCUGGAUGCCGUCACCUACCUCUCAGGAGUCUCGGGGUCCACUUGGGCACUGUCUUCCUUCUACACCGAGGAUGGGAACACAGAAGGUAUCGAGGUCGAGCUGAAGCGUCGAUUUGCCCAGAAGGAGUGGAACUUGAAUGACAGCCUAGAGAAGACCAUCGAGGCAGCGAAGUUGGAGAAUUACUCUCUGACAGACUUUUGGGCCUACAUCGUUGUCUCCAAACAAACCAGGGAACUGCAGGACUCUCCCUUGUCCAGCAUGACAAAGCAUGUGGAAGGUGGGACAUUCCCCUACCCGAUAUUUGCGGCCAUUGAUGGUGACCUGUACUACAGCCAAAAGAAGGAAGAAGCCAAGAACACUUGGUUUGAAUUUACCCCUCACCAUGCCGGCUACCCUACACUUGGGGCCUACAUUCCUGUCAACCACUUUGGAAGCAAAUUCCAGAAGGGAAGCCUGGUCAACUCUGAGCCUGAGCGAGACCUGUCCUUCCUGAAAGGAUUAUGGGGAAGUGCUCUGGCUAGCCUUGAAGAAAUUAAACGUUUUAUUUUGGAUCAGUUAACGAGCCUAAAAGAAAAAUUGAAUAUCAAACAUUCUCACCUGAGAGGUAUGACAUUUGAUGGUGAAAGCCCAGAAGUUGCUCGUUUUAUGAACAACAUUGUGACCACUGAGGAAGAGCUUCUGGACUUGGUGAUGACUUUUAUAGAAGAUCCAAAUUCCCCCAGCGUCCUGCAGAAGCUCCAGGCCCUACAGCAAAAACUGGAGGCUGGAAGGGGAGAGGAAGUUGGUGGGACUGCACACAGAUGGCUGCCUGCGACGGUGCAGAACUGGAGCAAGAUCUCCCCGGGGGAGCAGGGGAAGCAACUGCAACAACUGAUACAAGGCUUCAUGGAACAAGAAAAGGAUUCAGGUCUGAGUCACUCACUCUCCAAGCUCCCAGGUCUGAGUCUUCCAACUUCCAAGUUCUUUUUAGAAAAUCCAGUCUCCGAGUUUUUCGACAUUUGUAACGUUCUGAUCAAAACUGUAGUGUGCUUUGGCAAGUGGGAAUGGGGGACCAUUUACAACUUCCUGUAUGGACACGGUGACAUCAAAGAACAGGAAAUGAGCAACCGGGAACUCCUCCACCUGAUGGAUGCUGGUUUUGCCAUCAACACUCCCUACCCGCUCGUUCUGCUCCCCGCACGGAAGGUCCAGCUCAUCCUCUCCUUUGACUUUAGUUCCGGGGAUCCUUUCGAGACCAUCAGGUCCACUGCUAAGUACUGCGAGGACCACAAGAUCCCCUUUCCCCCAGUGGAAGAGGCUAUGCUGGAGGAGUGGGCAAGAACCCCUCCUGACAGCUGCUACAUCCUGAAAGGGGAAAACGGACCUGUCGUGAUGCAUUUCCCACUGUUCAACAAAGACAGCUGUGGAGAUGACAUUCAGAAAUGGAAUGAAAUGUAUGGCACCAUUAAGAUGGCUGACAGCUACACCCUAGACAUGGUGACCCAGCUCCUGGAACUGUCCAAGGAGAACGUCAGGAGAAAUGAGGAGAAGAUCCUCAGCGAGAUAAAGACCAUGGUCAGCAGCCCCUAGGUUUUUUAGUCUUGUCCACUGUGCAGCAUUGUCUUCAAAGAACAGUGGCAACCGCGAACUCCGCUUUCUACAGGCCGCCAUGCCGGAGUGAUCAGGCCCCAAGUGGCUCCACUCUGCCCGCUUCCCCCAUAGUCCACCCUCAGCUGCCCCUUUGUGAAGAUGAGCUCCAGUUUGGGCCUGCUGGUCUACCGGGGCCCUAGUAUCCACCAGGUCCUGCUAUUCUGCACUCCCUUCAGUUACGUCUCCACAGCAUCGAGUUCACCUUGGCCAUCCUCUUGGCCAGUCUUCAGUGACUGCCUAGAGUGUGUCUUUAACAGCAUGACUCAACAAAGGGAGACCUGGGAACUGAAGGUGGUGAAAUGAGCCCUGCAGAUCCUGCAGGAGACCCUGCAGCCGGAGUAUCACUCUCUGACCACCAGAGUCACCGUGUCUAAUGUCCAGUCACCCAUAAGUGUGGCAACUGAGACCAAAGCCACUUGGAUUUUCUAUUAUUUAGCUCUGCAGAGGUAGAAACCUGGGCCCAAAUCAUGGUCUGUCUCUUCAGAGCCAAGGGAGCUCUGAGUAUACAAAUGUUCAAUAAAUGCUUGCUGAUUGACUGAUA